UCUGUCUUGCUCCUCGUCUCCCUCCCUCGCUCACGCUCGCUCCGCUCCACAGGGCCGGGAGGACAGUGCUGUGUUGCAUGACUCUGUCUGUCUGUGCUUUGCCGAGUGCUGGCAUGACCACAGACCAGGAGAAGAAUGAGCUAACGCAGACUCCGCUGCUCAAGAUCUGGGUGCCAUGGUUGGGGAUAGGAGGCUGCAACCUAUAUCGCAGGAGGCUCCUCCGUGCCCCAGUUCACCAACUCCCCCACUCUGAUUGUGAUGGUUGGACUGCCUGCCAGGGGGAAGACAUACAUAUCCAAGAAGCUCACCCGCUACCUCAACUGGAUAGGGGUUCCCACAAAAGUCUUCAACUUGGGCCAGUAUCGCAGGGAAGCAGUCCAGAGCUACAAGAGCUUUGAGUUCUUCAGACCGGACAAUGAGGAGGCCAUGCAGAUUCGCAAGGCCUGUGCUUCAAAUGCCCUUAAAGAUGUAGUUAUCUACUUCUCGAAGGAACAUGGACAAGUAGCUGUGUUUGAUGCCACCAACACAACACGGGAGAGGAGGGUAUCCAUUGUGAGCUUUGCCAAGGAAAAAGGCUAUAAGGUAUUUUUUGUGGAGUCCAUUUGUGAUGAUCCAGACAUCAUUGCACAGAAUAUUACGGACGUGAAGGUGAGCAGCCCAGACUAUCUGAACUGUGACAAGGAGGAGGCACUGGCAGACUUCCUGAAACGUAUCGAGUGCUACAAGCAAACCUACGUGCCAUUGGACGAUGAGAAAGACAGGCGCCUGUCUUACAUCAAAAUCUUCAACGUGGGCUCUAGGUACCUGGUGAACUGUGUGCGGGACCAUAUCCAGAGCCGGAUAGUCUACUACCUCAUGAACAUCCACGUCACGCCGCGCUCCAUCUACCUGAGCCGCCACGGAGAGAGCAAUAUGAACCUGCUGGGUCGCAUUGGGGGAGACUCCGGACUCUCUCCCAGGGGUCAUAAGUAUGCCACUGCCCUGGGAACCUUCAUCAAGAGCCAGCAUAUAAAGGAUCUGAAGGUGUGGACCAGCCAUAUGAAGAGGACCAUCCAGACUGCAGAGCAUCUGGGGAUCCCCUAUGAACAGUGGAAGGCUCUCAACGAGAUUGAUGCAGGUGUGUGUGAGGAGAUGACGUAUGAGGAGAUACAGGACAACCACCCAGAGGAGUUUGCACUGAGAGACCAGGACAAGUACCGCUACCGUUAUCCCAAGGGUGAGUCAUAUGAAGACCUGGUCCACCGUCUGGAGCCAGUGAUUAUGGAGCUGGAGAGACAGGAGAAUGUGCUGGUUGUGUGUCACCAAGCUGUCUUGCGUUGUCUGCUGGCCUACUUACUAGACAAAACCGCAGAUGAGUUGCCAUACCUAAAAUGUCCUCUUCAUACGGUGCUCAAACUUACACCGGUGGCAUAUGGAUGUAAAGUGGAGCAUGUUUUCCUAAAUGUUGAGGCAGUCAACACGCACAGAGAGAGACCUGGGAAUGUGGACGUAUCUAGAGACCCAGAAGAGGCCUUGAAGACUAUUCCUGACCACUUUUGAAUAUGAUUUAGAGCAGGGGUGGCCAAUACCAGUCCUCGAGGGCCUGAUUGGUGUCACAGUUUUGCCCCAGCCCACACACCUGACUCCAAUAAUCACCUAAUCAUGAUCUUCAGCUUAGAAUGCAAUUUGAUUCAUCAGCUGUGUUUCCUAGGGAUGGAGAAAAAGUGUAACACCAAUCAGGCCCUCGAGGACUGGAGUUGCCCACCCCUGAUUUAGAGGAUAUGGACUCUAGGACCAUAAUGAUGCAUUUAACUUUAUUUUCAAUCAAUUAAGACUGUGUACCUUUUCAGAUUAAACCUUGUCAAAGGCAGCAAGUGGCAAAGUGGCAAAAAAGACAAGGAAGAAGACUGGAUGAAUACAAGAUCAAAUAUGACAAACCCCACUGCCUAUGGAAACACUGAGGGGGAUAAUUGACUGAUUUCUGAAAGUGAAAGUAAAGUUCAAAAGGUCUGGAUGACCUUCUAGUGAACUGUUAUAGGUCCAAUGUAGAAGUUUUAUUUUAUUUUAUGUACCUUACUGUGAUUAUUAUUAUUAUUUUUUUAAAGAAACAGAAAUAGAUUCUUAGCUAAGAUCAGUUUCUCAAGCAAGAAUGUUGAUAGGACUGUCUGCGAGUGGUCUGACUGGGGAAGGGAAAACUGAAAACUAGCUGUUAUUGGCAGAGAGGUUUGGAACUGGCUUUGUUAUUGGUCUAUUAACUAAUUUACCACCUGGAGAUGUCACCAGGCAGGCCAAACUCCAUCCCACCAAAACAGGCUUAAAUUUCAGGCAGUCUUUUCAAACAGUUCUUACACUAAAAGGGGAUAAUCCUCUAGCAGAUGCUCUACUCCAGAGCAAUUUACAGGAGCAAUUAGGUUUAAGCGCCUUGCUCAAGGUCACAUCGACAGAUCUUUCACCUAGUCACCUCAGGAAUUUGAACCAGUGACCUUUCGGUUACUGGUCCAACGCUCUUAACACCUGCAUUGCUUGCUGUUUGGGGUUUUAGGCUGGGUUUCUGUACAGCACUUUGAGAUAUCAGCUGAUGUAAGAAGGGCUAUAUAAAUACAUUUGAUUUGAUUUGAAUUUUGAUUUGAUCUUAACCGCUAGGCUACCUGCUGCCUCAUUUUCACAAUUUCACAGUAUUAUUCUAACCUUAUAGUGUGGAAAUAUAUAAAACACAGGGAAAUCACAUUUGACUGUACUGAGCCUUUAAAUUAAUAAACAAAUAUUAUGUUUGGA